AUGCUAGCGUUGAACCAAACAUCCUCUUCAGGGAUGGGACAACGAAAUAAAUUGGGUGGGGCAUCGGGUGGUGUUGGUGGAAGAAGAGGUAACAUCUCCGGAUCCACAUCAUUUGCAUCAGGAGGCUCUCAACAUGCCGCUAGCAGAUCACACCAUCAAAAGCUAUUACAAUUGAUCGAAUUUAUUAAAUUGGAAACAAACAAAGACAAACUAAAUCACUAUUUGUCUCAAGUGGAGGAAAUCCUAGCAAAUAAUGCCGACAGUGAUGAAAGUAGCAAUCUAGUCAACGAAUUCUUAACCAAAAUCCUUCAACUUCAGCACAAGCACAAGCUAGAGCUUCAACUUUUCCACGCUUUACUAAUAGAAAAAGUUAUGAACAAUGUUCCCUAUAUUUCUCUCGACAAUGCCAAAACAAGCGCAGAAACAUUAUCUCUUAUUUUAGUUUCAGCAGAAAAUACUAAUCUUUUGAAACGUAUUAUUACAAGCUGUAUUGCAUUGGUGAGAAAAACGAUUGAAUUGAUUGCUCUUAAUCACGACACUCAAAACAAGCACAUUACUAUUUUGUACAGCCAUAUGAAUUUAUUAAUCAAAAGAAUUUUGAAAUUUUUAGAGGAUGACAAUGAGGGUGUUCAAUCUCACGCAGUACAUUUUGCAGAGCAUUUAAUUUUAAUGUAUAGCAGCAUGUUUAGGAACGUAGAUGUUGAAGAGGAUGUGAUCAUGAGCUAUUUAUCUUAUCUACAGUUAUCAGGUAAUACAUAUCAAGUGAAACAAAUCGAGCGGUAUCCCAUUGAUUUAGCCUUCGUCUUACGGUAUAGUGAAGGACGAGCAAGUUUAUUGAACGUUGAAGAAAUGAGAAAUCAAGGCGCAGAUCUGUUGAACAAGAUUGUACAAAAGUGUGCUAAAGGAGAAAUACCUGCCUCUGUAAUGUCUGUAAUUAUCCAAUCUUUGCUGAACAUUGCGAAACAAAGACCUGACUUUUGGAAAGUAAUAAUUCCAUUCCUCUGUCAAAACGCAAAAUACAGCAUUGAAAACAAUUACCGAAUUUCUAACAGCCAAAAAUCGGCAUUGAAAUGUAUUUUGAAAACAGUAAUGUUGUUUUUAUUGAGAAUGCCAGAAACCAAGCUAUUCAGAGACACCAUAGUGAAUGGUCUAAUAAGUGUAGGAGUCAACAAAGAUACUUAUAACAUGAUUAUUAGAUUUGUUGAGAAACACACUGCUGUGCUAAAAAGAAAGCAAGAUGAAGCUCAGACUACUGUUCCAGAAAGAGACAACAAGAUGAGAAAAACCGAAGUAGAGCCAAGCAAUCAAAGCGCAAUGCAAAUUACGGGACAACCCAAACAAGAAGAGGCAACAGCAAUUUUAUAUAUUGGUUAUAUUCCACGGCCUCUGACUAACAUCGCUUUAGCAGAUGAAGUUCUCAAAAAUUUAUCUUCUAUAACUGGAAGUAGUAAUGCCAAUCGUCAGUCAAGAACAUUGGAAAGUAGUAGUCAAUUGGUAAACACAAUUCUUUCCACUUUAUCUACCCACUACUACAAACGAGGUACAAACACUUACACUUCAGAGCAGCAACAACAAUACAUGAGCUCUGUCCAAUCAUUCUUGGCCGAACCAAUACCAUCUUUCAACUCAAGCAUGGUGACUGUUUCAAUAUUGGGACAAGCUCAAGGUCCCUAUCAACAACCUAGACCAAGUCCAUAUGCCGUGCAGACACCGUAUGGAAGACAAGCAAGACCAAGUCCCUACAGUAAAAGCGUACAACAACCAGCCACAACACAAAAAGUGGAUCCAAGACUUGCUCAAGUACGAGAUCCUCGCCAACAAUUGCAAAGUACCUAUGUACCUGAUAAGAGCAAAGCAUUUAGCACAGAAAAGAAACUGCCCGCAAAAGCUGUAACUACUGCCGAAGAUUCUGAUGAAGAAGUGGAUACUUUCAAACCAACAGAAGCUGUCCAAGAUAAGAUUGCAGAACCUGUGAUUGAGGAAGAAAUGAAAGAGAAUCUUUCCAAGCAAUUUAAACUUAAAUUAUCAAUUAUUGACGACAACGUAAAAACUCAAUUGAAGCAAUUUAAUUGGAAUAAGAUGCUAUUGAGUGAAAAGAGUAUGAAAAGAGAAGGUAAAGAUCACUACCGUGUGAAAUUGAUUUGUAUGAUGGCUUCAAAGAGUGAAGAAACAGCAGAUCAAUACCAACAAUUACUCAAGUUUAUAAAAGAAGAUACCAAGGGAAGAUUUGGACUCCUCUUGAUGUGGCUCUAUAUGGAAUACAAGAACGUAGUCUAUGCAGGAUACAAUGUGAAAACAGAAGAGGGUGAAGAACCUGACAAUAGAUAUACCAGACUGUUCCAUCAUAUGUUGCAACACAUCGAAAAAAGCGAAUCUACAUUAUCCAAACUGGUUGUGCAAUGUCCUCACAUUACUGUACAUGCCAUUGAAUAUUUGUGCAAAGACCUAUGUGAAACUGAUAACUAUAUUAGCUACGGUCUUAUGGCUCUCAGAGAUAUUACUAUUUUCAGACAACCUUUAAAACAAAAAUGUUUAGAUUUACUGCUGAACUAUUCAGUUCAUGAAAACUCAAAAAUUAGAACUGCUUCUAUCCAAAUUUUGCGUGAUAGAACGUUCUAUAAACUUUUCGAAACAGAGAUUAACACAUUUGCGUACACCAACAUCAAGAACUUGAAAAACUUGCUGGUCAAAGAAGAAAUUAAAUCUGAAGAAAUGGUGGACGAAGAUCAAGAAAUGGAAGAUAUUGGUAAUGUGAACCAAGACACAAUCAAGAGAUAUAGCUCACUGUACCUUUCGUUGAGCACUAGUUAUUGUGAAUCCAUGUUUAAUCAAUUAAUUGGAGAUGUUUAUGUUGAAUUUAAACAGUUAGAAGGGCCACAUCAUGAUGCUGUGGUUAGUCUAUUAGAGAAGGAUAUUUUGAGCACAGUAAAACUAAGCUCAAACAGACCAACUGUCAUUGAAUAUCUGAACCAUUUUGAUGAAAAACACUGUUUAGAUAUCAGCAUUAAGAUUAUUCAGCAGUUAUCUCUUCAAGCGCAAGGAAUUGACGAAGCUCUUUGUAAAGUAUUGAUACAUACCUUCUUUGAUAGAAAUAUUAAGGAUCCCAGAUUGGUGCUACCAAUUAUGCUUUCACUUUCAAAGGAGCAAGUUAAAGAAGCUUUACCUGUAGUGGUGAAAUCAAUCAAUGACAUUGAACUCUUGAAGAAAUGUGUGUUGGAUUUACUUAACGCCAAUCCAAAGGGUGAAAAAACAGACAAGGCAACUCCUGAUGAAAUUCUAGUCGUUUUACAUGAAAUUGAUGCCAAUAAUGAAACUCAAUCGUUAGCAUUCAAUAAUGCUAGAACUCUGUUAGAUUUGUGUUUGAAUGGUGAUGGAAAGAAGCAGUUCACCAAACACAUUCUCAUGACUGCCCUACAACAACUUGCCGACAUGCCAACUCUUCCAAAGUUAAUUAUGAGGACAGUUAUUCAGUCUCUAAACUUGCACAACGAUUUGUCUCAAUUCAUUAUCAAGUUUAUUUUCACAACCCUCAUUAAUAGAAAGGCAUAUGAGAGCAGGAAUAUUUUGACAGGAAUGUCAAAAUGUCUCUCAGAAAAACUUAAUUUAUUCCCUGUAAAGAAGGUGUCCGAGUUACUUGCAGAUCUAGGAGAAAAAAGUGAACAGGCUUUGAUGACUGUUUUACAGAACCAAAAUCUAAGGGAAACAUUUAAGGAAUGGCUCACAAUUCAACAACAUCCUAAACGGUCUCGUUAUUUCCAACUUAUUGACACCCUUAGCAACAAUCAACAAGCAAAUGCAUCCGAAACUAAAUAA